AUGCAUCAAGACGCGACGGCUUCUCCCUUAGAUCAAUCCAAGGCGGCACGAGUAAUUGAGCGUGAUGUUGGCUUGAUGAUGGAGAAUCCAAAUCAAGACGCGCACUUGAUUGAAAGAGGCGACUAUGAAGCCGAGCAGCCAAAGUACGAUGCUCCGACUGCAUCUACUUACGAUUCGCCUCCGAAGGUUCCCGCGGCGCCAGCCUAUCAGCCGGAGCCUGAGUCGCCAACGUAUCCAUCCCAUAAGCCGACCCAUAAGCCAAAGUCCCAUAAGCCGACUCAUAAGUCAAAGUCCCAUAAGCCAGCACAUAAACAUCCCAAGCACCAAACCCAACCUACCCACGAAUCAACGCCUGAGUCACCCACGUACUCAGCUCCUCCUACGUAUGAGCCAACACCCGAGCCACCAAAGUAUCCGACUACCUCCGAGACUCCUACUCCAUCUACCCAUGAAUCUACUCCUGAGGCACCAAAAUAUUCGACCCCGCCUGCCGAUAAUCCAACACCUGAGUCCACAGACUACGUCAGCUCUUCCAAGAGCAAUGAUUAUUCAAAAUGA